AAACUCAAACUUUUUUGUAUAGAAGCAUUAAUGAAUUCUUGGUUAAACUACUGACCAAGGGAGUCUUCCACAUUUUAAAUACAUAACACACAUUUACUCGUUGGAACAGAGAUACAAUGAUUGAAAAUUAUAUGACAUUACAUAAAAGUAAAGAAAUAUCGGGUUUGUUUUGAAAUUACUCCCAAUUGAUGCUUUUUAAAGUAUUUGAUUUGGUCAGCAAAAACGGUCUAAGUUCUCUCUUUCCUCUCGCCUUCGUUGAUCCUUUUUAGUUCCCUUCUUCUCAUUAACCUUGAGAUAUCUCAGAACUCAUCGCAAAUCAGACAGUUCUCAGAAAGACAGAAAAAGAAGAAUGGAAGUGAUGAGCUUAACUGCUCCAUCUUCGCCAAGAAAAUUCAGUGGCUGCUUCUUAAGCGCACCAACAAGCCCACGAAGAAUCACAGAGUGGUACAGAGAGUACGAGGAGGCAGGCAGUCCGAGGAAGAUCACUGACAAUGAAGAAGAAGAAGAUACUGUUGAUGAUUUUGCCUUCGAGAUCGGUGAUAAAUCUGAGACUAGGUCGCUUUUCGCAGAAGAGCUCUUUGAUGGAGGCAAAAUCAAACCCUUGAAGCCUCCUCCGUAUUUGCAGUUAGAUAAUCAACAGUUUCAUUACAAAUUCUCAUCUCCAGAUUCCUCUCCAAGAUCACCUAUUGCUCAUGGCAAGGACAUCCUCCGCAAAGCUUUUUCGCCAAGAAAGAAACCUACAGAUGCAGAUCCUUUCGAGGCCGCCAUAGAUAACAUUCGCAACGGCGUUGGAGAGGAAAGAGGGAGAGAGAGGCUUCAGAACCCGGGCCGUAGAGCCACUCGGUCGCUUUCUCCUUUUCGGGUUUCAGCUUAUCCAUGGGAAGAACAAGAACAGAGAGAGGUACAACAAGGUCAUGAACAGAGAAAGGGCUCUUUCUCUUCUAUACCGUCUACGUCUUCGUCAACUUGCGUGUCUUGCAAGUUAUCUUCCUCAAAGAAAUGGAGGCUAAAGGACUUGCUUCUUUUCCGUAGCGCAUCAGAGGGAAGAGCAAGGCACAACAACAAAGAUUUCGUGAAGUCGUUAUCGGGUUUGUUCAGGAAACAAGAAGACAGCAAGAGUUCGAGCUCGAGCUCUAGAGGAAGAGGAUCACCGUCUGUCUCCUCCGCCCAUGAAUUCCAUUACAUGGCUAAAAAGGCAGAAGCAAAAGGUUUGAAGAAAAAGACUUUCUUGCCUUAUAUGCAAAUAGGAAGAUUCGCCUUCUAAAUUGUAAUCUUAUUAUUGGUCAAUUCUUUGAAGCGCAAACCCAAAAUGAUUAUAGUGCUGUUCGUUUGGUUGACGCAGUUACCUGCGGCUGCGUUGGCAUCAAUUUUUUUAAUAAACUCUUGUUCGUUCA